UGUCUGAUUUUAUGAACGAAAGUGCUUGUGAUGAGCAAAGACGAUUAAAAAAGUGUCGAUAAGCCAAUAUUCCGCAGAAAUUAGCCAGAAUCUUCAGGUAUCUACAAAAUAUAAUAAAUAACACCCUCGCAUGUGAGGGUACUAUGUGGUGGUGCUGUUCUUCUUCCGCUAGUUCAGGACCGAUGGCUGCGAUACGCAAAAAAUUAGUAAUCGUCGGUGACGGUGCGUGUGGUAAAACAUGUCUCCUAAUCGUGUUCAGUAAGGAUCAGUUUCCGGAAGUGUACGUGCCGACAGUGUUUGAGAAUUACGUCGCCGACAUAGAAGUGGAUGGCAAACAAGUGGAGCUGGCACUGUGGGACACGGCCGGGCAGGAGGACUACGACCGGCUGCGGCCGCUGUCGUACCCGGACACCGACGUGAUCCUCAUGUGCUUCUCGGUGGACUCGCCCGACUCGCUCGAGAACAUCCCGGAGAAGUGGACGCCCGAGGUGAAACACUUCUGCCCGAACGUGCCCAUCAUCCUAGUGGGGAACAAAAAGGAUUUGCGCAACGACCCGGCCACAAUCAACGAGCUCCGCAAGAUGAAGCAGGAGCCCGUGAAGCCCCAGGAGGGCCGCGCCAUGGCGGAGAAGAUCAACGCCUUCGCCUACCUCGAGUGCUCCGCCAAGAGCAAGGAAGGCGUGCGCGAGGUGUUCGAGACGGCGACCCGCGCCGCGCUACAGGUCAAGAAGAAGAAGAAGACCAGGUGUUCUCUGCUGUAAUUGUGCCGUUGUUGGGAGAACUCUGAUUUAUGAAUCGUUCGCAUACUGCCUGAAAACUUAAGUUUGUAACGACUCGGACUGCAGCAGUCGCGACGUCGGCCAGUGCUUCCUCCCGAUACUGACAGCUGCAGCGACGUCGCGGCGCGCGUUGCACGCACACCCACUAUAUUGCAGUAUUCGUGUGGUUACACUUUCACAAUUGGUACUUGUAUAUUUUAUAGAUUAUAUCUAUAAAGGGUAAGCGUAAAUGCCUUAACUAAUAUGGUCGGGGGCGAGCGUGGGCCCCUCACCUGCGGGCCCACCUGAAUUUUCGUGCUAUACUAUCAUGUUAUAUAACCGAUUAGCAUUUCUUCAAUAUAAAGAUUAUUCCUCGACCAGUGUCGUCUCCCUGAGACUUGUUUAGUUUCGUAUUUUGUAUUUUAAUUUUUUCAAUAAAAUAGUUAUGUAUAAAUUGUG